GUUCGUCAGUUCUUAAAGAGAAUUCAUUCGCAGUGGUCGCACUAAUCUUCCAAGCGGAAGUCGAGUCGCGUCUAGUUGAACGUUUGUGUGGUGCUAUCAAAAGCAAACAAAAAGUACAAAAGAAUAAAAUCUAAAUCAAACUAUUGAAUAGAAAAGAAACACGCGGAGCCAUAAAUAAUAGCUUAGAGCAAAGAUCCGAAUUAAAGAUUAUAUGAGUUUGGAAAAUUGUGUUUAAAGUGUGAUUUUGUGUGUGUGUGUGUUUUUUUUUUUGAUAAAUCGUAGAAAAAGAAGAACAGACUUAACGCCCGCAAAAAAUAUGGUACCAUUAUUGAUAUUCAUUGCCAUCAUUGUGUGUUAUGUAGCUUUUAUGCUAUGGCAGUCAAUGAGAAGACCCAACAAUUAUCCUCCAGGUCCUGAUUUUGUUCCCUGGGCUGGCAACACCAUGCAAUUGCGAAAGCAGGCUGCAGCUUUGGGAGGACAGCACAAAGCUUUCGAGAAAUGGUCAAAAGAAUAUAACUCCAAUAUUCUAGGACUUAAACUUGGUCAGGAUUAUGUUGUGGUGGUCCUUACCUAUCAGCUGGUGAAGGAAGUCAAUUUACAGGAGGUAUUUGAGGGACGACCGGAUACUUUCUUUCUGCGCCUGCGUACAAUGGGCACACGCAAAGGCAUCACCUGUACAGAUGGCAAACUUUGGUAUGAACAUCGAAAUUUUGCCAUGAAACAAAUGCGGAAUGUAGGCUAUGGCCGUUCCGAAAUGGAGAAACGCAUUGAAAAGGAGACCCACAGUUUGCUAAAAUUCAUCUAUGAACUUAGUUCGGUUCCUGUGUUCCCGAGUACAUUUUUGGCUCAAAGUGUCAUCAAUGUUUUGUGGUCUAUGACAGCGGGUCAACGUUUUGAGCGAGGCGAUAAACGUAUGGCCAAGUUAUUAAGUCUGAUGGGUCGUCGUUCUAAGGUAUUUGAUAUCUCCGGAGGCUUAUUGACCCAAUUUCCCUGGCUGCGUUUUGUGGCACCCAAUAAGACGGGCUACAAUUUAAUACGUCAGCUAAAUAAGGAAAUGUAUGACUUCUUUAUGGAAAGCAUUGAACACCAUAAGACCACUAUGACCAAAGAGAAUGCUGAACAGGAUUUGAUAUAUGCCUAUCUGUGGGAAAUGCAACAGGAAAUCAGCAAUAAUAAUGAGAAUACCACCUUCAACGAAACCCAAUUGGUAAUGACCAUUCUGGAUUUAUUCAUAGCCGGCUCGCAGACUACCAGCACCACCAUAGAUCUGAGCUUGAUGACUUUGGCCAUGAAGCCGGAAAUCGAAAAGCGCAUAUAUGAGGAAAUAAUAGCGAACACCAAAAGCAAAGAAUUUCCCAAUUUGGGCAAUAAAUCCUAUUACCCCUACACCGAAGCCUUUCUCAUGGAGGUACAGCGUUUCUAUCACAUUGCCCCGAUAACAGGACCACGCAGAGCAUUGUGGGAUACAAAGUUAGCGGGUUAUGAUAUUCCCAAAAAUACCACCAUUUUUAUUACGGCCAGUAGUGUUUUAAAAGAUCACGACCAUUGGGUGGACCCAGAUGUUUUCAGGCCAGAACGUUUUAUAGACGCCGAGGGCAGAACUUUCCGAGAUGAGUAUUUCAUACCCUUCGGCAUGGGAAGGAGACGUUGUCUAGGCGAUGCUCUGGCCAGAGCCUGCUUAUUUUCGUUCGUAGUCAAAAUUGUUGAGAACUUUAAAUUGCUCUUAACUCAAAACAAAGAGGAUCAGCCAACCAUGAAGCUAUUGCCCGGCAUUACAUUAUCUCCGAAACCCUACAAGCUGAAGUUUGUGCCAAGACAUGAACAUUUUCCUUAUCAAGACUAGGCUUUUUGUCAGUCACUCUCAUUGAAAACUUUAAAUUGAAAUACUUAUGAGCGAUUGGAAAUAAGUCAAUAUAAUAUGAGAAAUGGUGUGAAAACGGUUCUAUUGGGUUGCCCAAAAAGUAAUUGCGGAUUUUUUAAAAGAAAGUAAAUGCAUUUUUAAUAGUACUUAGAAUGAACUUUAAUCAAAUAUACUUUUUUUACACUUUUUUUCUAAAGCAAGCUAAAAGUAACAGCUGAUAACUGACAGAAGAAAGAAUGCAAUUACAGAGUCACAAGCUGUGAAAAAAUUUGUCAACGCCGACUAUAUGAGAAAUCCGCAAUUACUUUUUGGGCAACCCAAUAUUAGUGGUAGUAAUAGUAGGUUUUGCGAUUUGCAUUUAUUAUUACGCAUGCUUUAAUGAAAGUGUUAAUACAAAUAAAUUGAAUUGGUUGAGAAGAGAAUUCAAGUUUAUGGCAUGGCAAAAGUGGCAGUUGAGAGGUCAUCCGAAA